AUGUGUCCGGCAAAAAACUAUCUUCCAACUGGUAUAACAAAGAUGUUAAAUCAGAAAUCAACUGUAAAACAAAUUGGUUAGUAUAUUCGCCAAAAGCCAACAAAAUGUUUUGUUUUCCUUGCUUUUUGUUUCGAUCUGUAUCUCAGCAUAGUUAUUAAUGGUCCAAUCCUAAUAAAGGUGUUUCUAAUUUCCGUAAAGGAUAUGAAAAAGUUAUUAAACAUGAAAAAUCCAAGGUCCACAGAGAAGCAGAAAAUGAAUAUUUGAUUUUAAAAAGUAUAAUUUCAAAAAACGUUGCUAUCCAACAAAAUUCAAUUAAAGUUAAAAAGUCUCAAAUAGAAUUUAAUCGAAGUGUGUUAAAACGAUUAAUUGAUAUAUCUUUAUUCCUUUCAACAAAUUUUCUUCCAUUUCAAGGACACAGAGAGGUCAUUAACCAGGAUACACAAAACAAAGGACUUUUUAUUGAAAUAGUUAAACUUGUGUCAAAAUAUGAUGCUUUUCUAGCCAAACACUUGGCCGAGUCAAACCGAAAUGAGACAUACUUGAGUCCGAAAAUUCAAAAUGAUACACUUAAAUGUAUGGCAGAUGAAACAUUACAUACAACAUUAAAUGGAGUAAAACAAGCAAAAUAUUUACAAUUAUUGUAGAUUCGACAAUACAUAUUGAAAGAAUUAAUCAAUUUUCUUUUAGCUUGAGGUUUGUAGAUCAACAAGGAGAUAUCAAAGAACAUUCUCUGUGUUUUGAAGAACUACAUAAUACAACUGCAAAUGAUUACUUUGUCAUUAUAAAAAAGUUUAUGGGAGAAUAUGAAUCGGAUAUUUCUUUAUGCCGUAGUCAAGCCUAUGAUGGUGCUAAUACCAUGUCAGGGCGGUUUUUUGGCCAGCAAUCUAAAAUAAAAGAUAUAUCACCAUUAGCACUAUAA